GCGUGCAACUGUAGACCGUGGACGAGCGUAGACGGCGCGCGGCCGUUGGCCGAAACGUAGACCGCGGUCCGCCUCCUCCUUUUGCUGUAGAUAAUCCCGCGUCGCCGUUGGCCGAAACGUGGACCGCGGCCCGCCUCCUUUUUUCGGCCGCGGCCAAUCGGCUCUCCUCGCCUACGACCGCGGACGCCCGUGAUUGGCUCCGCGAACGCAGACCGCGGCGGCCCGCCUCCUCCUUACGACGCGCUUGCGGUUGGCCCAAAAGACGCAAUCGGCGAAAAGACCCACGCGCUCAAUCGACAAGCCGAAAAGUGUACAUCAGAAGCGAUGACCGGCCACCACGCUUUGCUGCCUAAACUGCGCUUGAGAGGUACAUGUACAAACAAGGUAGGAAAAACUGCCUUGCCGUCACCGCAGCUCCAACAGGCCAGCAGAUCCCCGGCCAGCUCACGGUGACCUUUGGGAAAUACAAAGGCAAGACCUUCAUGUGGCUUACGGAGGAAGAUGUCGGCUAUGUCAAGUAUCUCCUCGAUGGCCACGUGAAGGAGAGGCGACGACAGAAGGGAAGGUGCGACACCAAAACUGGGGAGUGGAGGCUGAAGGAGCAGCUUCUACGCUACGUGGAUAUGUUCCCUCCGGUGUCAUGCCACUUGGAGCAGAACAUCGACCGGGCCAUCUGCGGGCAUGGCCGCUUCCGGUCCUUCACGUUCGAGGAUAUGUGGCAGUUUUAUGACUUCUCCAAGCUCAUCCGUAACGAUCUCCAGGCCGAAAGCGCAGAAGAAUGGAAGAUGGCCCAGGAAGCCUUCUGCUUUGUGCGUCAGUGGCUACUGAUGACGGAGUAGGACAUCAAUGUCACGUUAAGAGAUUUCGAUUGUACAUCCUCACAAAGGAGGAGGAGCGAGCUAAAGGCAAAGUUGCACCAGCUACGCCCCUCACGUCAGCUUGUGCAUCAGCAUUAGCAGCACUAUCAACAUGACCUGCUGUAGCAAAUACACCAUCAGCAGCAGCAGCAGUAGCAGCAGCACAACAACAAGCACCACCACCACAAGGUGAUGAUGAAGACUGGCAAUGUAAAAUACUACGCGCCUGGGCGCUUUGUGGCCAAUCCGCACAGAGUCACAAAAAAUAUUCCAAAAAAACAAAAAACAAACAAAAACUACACGGUCAAGGCGUCCACGUCCAAAGGACUUUCUGGCAGGUCUUUUGAAAACUUUGUAAAUUUUAAGGAGGCGGUCAAUGACCUUGUAAAAUAAAACACAUUGAUAUGUACUUCAUGUCUCAGCUACUUUUUACACACACAAAUAUGCAGUAUGUUCGGCAUAGCAUAUAGUCCUGUAUAUUGUGCACUUUCCCAAUGAGUGCAGACAGAAAAUUAAAAACCUAGUCCUUAUUUCUCAACACUUCAAUAUCUGCAAAACACUUGCUUAUCAUUAAACUUAUUUAAGACUCAAUACAGGCUGCUUAACUUUUACUGUGUACUAUAGCUCCUUUAUUGAAAUACAAGAAAA